AUGGCGGCCAACAUCAGAGAAGAAAUCCGCAGAUUGCAGCGACGUAAACAAUUGCACUUUCAGUCUCAAACGAACAGUGGCGAUUCAUCAGAUAUGGAAGGACCUUCAAGUCCUACCGGCCCAUCUGGCUCUUCUUUAACUCUCUUUAGUCAUAACACUAGUGGAAAAGAAAAACCACUUUUCACAUUUAGACAGGUUGGCUUGAUCUGUGAGCGAAUGCUCAAGGAACAAGAAACGCAAAUCCGAGAAGAGUACGAUAAGAUCUUACAUUUAAAGCUCUCCGAACAGUAUGACGCUUUUGUUAAAUUCACGUACGAUCAGAUACAAAAAAGAUUUGAAUCCUCAGCUGCACCGAGUUACCUAUCAUAAGAAAAGUUUCUUAUUUAUAAGAAGACAUUUUUGUGAGGAGUAUUAGAUUUCUACUGUGUGAGACAAAUUUUGCUUUUGCGCCGAGGUUUGCAGCGCCGCCUCGCUUCGAGAAUCACCUUUAAAAAGAUAACAAAUGGUUUCAGCAGUGUCUAAUAAAAAAAAAAAGAACUAAAAAGGUGAAAAC